AUGCCAUACAACUACAUACUCGACAAAAAAAUAAAAAACAACACGAAGAUUAACACAACUCAGAAAAUAGUCAUUAUUGACGAAGCUCACAAUCUAGAAGCAGUCUCGCGGGAAGAGCUGAGAGAAGCAAAGAUCAAAUACGAGAAAGAAGAGAGUACAGUAGACUUAUCAUUGACUCCUGGGAUAAUGAACAAAGUCAUUGAAGGAAUAAAAAAACUUGAAUAUAUCUACGCGCAAAACUUUGACAACAUAGACAAAGAGAAUGGAGAAACCUUUAAUAUAUCGAUGCUAUUAAAAGACGCGGAAAAAACAGGAUUGAUGGGGAUAACGACUGAAAACUGGAUAAAUCUUUCAAAAAACGUCAUUCUAUACUUUUCGAAAACAAAGCAAAAAACACCUCUGUCAGGAACAAAUUUUGAAAUAUUCGCCUAUAUGAUGGAGGAAUUACAUGCCAUUCGCGACAACUACACGCAAAACGAUUACAAAAGUCGAUUAUGCAGAGACGAAACCGACAGAAAAGGUUACAAACUGAUGAUAUGGUGCUUCAACGCUAAAUAUGCGAUAGAAGCUCUAACAAAAGAAGGAGAAGUCUACAAUCUUAUACUUACAUCUGGGACACUUUCACCGCUUAAAACAUACAUCAAAACACUUGGACUCGACAUAAAAACAACUAUCCAACUUCAAAACGAUCACAUCAUCAAUGCGGAACAACUUCUAGCGAUUACAAUAACCGGCUACGAAAACACAGAAUUCAGAAAUAUUUAUAAACAAAGAGACAAUCAAGACAUGUUUAUGAAUUACGCGAAAAUAAUACAAAAAAUAAAAGAAGUUGCGCCCGGAGGAUGCCUCGUUUUUCAUCCAACAUACAAAUGCAUGGAAAAAUCGAUGAAAAUUUGGAAAAUAAAUACAACAAAUGAAACAUUUAAUAAUAUGUUCAAUCUCCCGGUAUUUGCGGAACCAGUUAACAAAGAAGAAACCGAAAGAAUCAUUGAGAGCUACGAGCGCGAAAUAGAACACAACGAAAAAAAGGGUGCGAUAAUGAAUGGAGUAUGCAGAGGAAAACUAUCUGAAGGGAUAGAUUUUAAAGAUGCACGCGCGAGAGUGGUAGUAGUGACAGGAAUACCAUAUCCUCCAAUGCAAGACCCCAAGAUAAAAGAAAAGAUGGCUUAUUUGGACAAGAGACAACGAGAAGAAGAUGAUAACAUAACCGGAAAAGAGUGGUAUAAACAAGGAAAGUCUACAUAUUAUAAGAUGCAAGCGCAAGCUUUUUGCCAAUGA